AUGACGCGUUAUUUGACUCCGUGGAGGAUAUCCCUCCUGUGUCUAGUGACGCUCUACUCUGAUGAGGUCGUGCCGAAUUCUUCUGCCAUCCACGUCCUUUCUUUCCUGACGGCGGGUAUCUUCCCACUAGAUGCGGCCGAUAAGCAAUGGGAGGAGCAUUACAUGCCAACCAUCGCGGAGCUCGAGGAGUGUUUGUCGGGUCAUGAUUCUGCGCGCCCAGGACGCACGCUCUGGGAUCUAUUCUUGGACAAACUCUGGGCCAUCGACUCACUUGAUGCGCUAGAGACGUUCUGCGGAGAAACAAUCCCGUCGCUCUUGGCUAAAUCGCGCGAGGAAUUGAUUCAUGAAAGGGAUCAUGGAAUUGCUCCAGAGCCCGAGGAUCGCAUGCGCUUGUCCAGGAGCUCACCCCUUGGCGCGUUCGUGCGAAGAGCUCACAUGGAAUACACAAAGCUGCAAUUUCAUGAUUCCGUGAAGCUUUGGUCGGGCUUUGUCAAAUACCGUCUCCCAACAUACAGCUACUGGAGCCGCAGACACCGUGGGGCGGAUGGAUUCGCCAUAGAUGCUAAUCUCCGCGACCUCGGGCUAGACGCGACUAGUCAGCUGGCACGUGUGGUGUAUGGUAGUAUGGAAGAAGACGCGGAUGGCAAAGAAGAGGUUAGCGUCAGGGACUCCGAGCGGCUGAUCGAAUUUCAGGUUGGAGAACUGCAAAGAAUGGGCGGCAGAGUGCCAGACGAGAUGAGAGAUCAGCUGAGGCACAUCAUGAAUUCGGAGUCCUCUGUUCCCGUGCUCAUGUACUACCUAGAAUACCUUGAUGCGUGGAGGGCCGGAGAUUAUACUUCAGCAUUCGACAACCUCCACCGCUACUUUGACUACACCAUUCACACUAAUCUCGACCGAAGUGCUUAUCAGUUCGCGCUCCUGAAUUUGGCAAUUAUUCAAGCCGAUUUCGAAUGCUUCAAUGAAGCUAUCUCGGCAGUUCAAGAAGCUGUUGCCAUUGCCCGCGAGUCUCACGAUAUGAACUGUCUGAACUUCUGUAUGAGCUGGCUGUAUCACUUCGGCAAAGCUUUUCCCGAGCAGAUGCGAGAAGUACAGAAUAGCGGUAUGCUCGGGAAUGAGAAGGAGGGCCUCGCUUUCCUAAAAGCCAAGUCCAAGGAGACUGAUAUGUGGUCCCUCAUGAGUACAACGUUAUUGAGUGAGGCCAAAUUGGAGAUGCAACAGGGAGAAAGUUUAGCAAACAUCGUCGAGUCAUUCGUACGAGCAUCCCAUGUCAACGUGACCAAGGGUCUUUCUGCUCCCACCGGCGCAUACAUGCUCCUCCAGGCCGCCAUGUACACUCGCAUAGGCGCUACUCAUCUAUCAUGGUUGAACACCGAAGUUUUCCGCGAGUGCUAUUCAGAAGGCCAACCCCACGACGACUUUGUCAAAAUCACAUUCAGAAAUUGCCAAAUAUUGGCACAAAAAGGCAAUUACAAGGAGGCCUUCUUGCGGCUGAAUAAGAUUGAGCCUGACAAGCUUCGAGCCUUCAAGUACAACAAUGCCUGGACCUAUUACUCCGGAAUGCUACAGUUACGGCGACAGAUCUGUCGGGAUGAUAAGGUAGCCGUUGAACACAUUCUAUCACAACUGCAAGCAGUGCAGCUUCUCGACUUUGACAUGCGCCUCUUACUUGCGUUUAGCACAAUAGAAUUUACAAUCCGCCAAGGUGACUACGGUCGCGCUCUGAAAAUGGUCGAGCAAGCCGCCCAUUCCAUGCAGCCAGAGAACUUCGACGUUCAUUCACAAAUCAAGCUCCUGUGCCUGAAGGCUCAGAUUCUCGGCAAGUCCGGCCAGCCCCAACGCGGCUUCUCUCUUGCCAUGCGUGCCGCCAGCAUCGCGCACCGCUCCAAGGUCCUCGCAGAUCUUUGGGAGUCAGUCUGCGCAUUGGCAAUGGUACUUCUAAGUCUGCGGGAGUUUGAAGCUAGUGUUGAAUUGGUCGAGAGCAUCAUGCCCCAGACUCUUGAGACAGAGGACUACGCUCUCAUUGCCCAGGCAUAUUCGCUUCUUGUGGAUGCGAACAUGGGAAUGGCAGGUGAGCUGUGGAGUCUGCAGGGAAAUGACUCCAGGACCUCUCGCAAGGAGUACAUCAAUCGUGCGCUCGGCUAUAUUGACUCGGCGUACGAUCACUAUGAGGAGAUCGAGGAUAUCAAGGGCCAGACGGAGAUGAUGGCCAAGAAGGCGACUGUUAUGCACCUCACAGGUGAUGCGGUCUUGGCUAAUGACUAUGCGGCUAAGUACCUGGACCUGCGGAGGCGACGAGGUACGGAAUCCUGA